AUGAAUGCGAUCGCGGCGCUCGUUGCUUGUUCUUGCUUGGUGUCCAGUUCCGCAGGUAGGCGGAGUGGCAUCAAUGAGGCCCACCUCGGCGUGGAAGGUGGCGAUGGCUUGACGGAGGCGGAGCGGACAGUGGAGAGGAUCGUCGAAGACGUCGACGUUAGCCUCACGAACGCCCCGAAGGCAGAAGCCGAAACUUGGGCCACGGUUUCCAGCGUCAGCCAGAUCGGCCCCACUCUUGAUGACAUUGUGCCACGGGCCUCCGUCAACUACCUCAUCACUACGGAAGGUGCUGCCCCAUCGGACUCGACGGGAGACUACUGGCUGGAAGCCAACCUGUCUGCCAUUGAUGGAUUCAGCUGCAAUGCCUUCACUUCGAAGGUCGACAGGUUGAUGCAGGCGCUGAAGCCGCUGAACCCACCCGAAUUGUUCAAGAUGUACUGCUGGGAGGAGCAGCUGACCAUCCUCAGUGUCCACCGACCUCUGCCCCCCGGUGCGGAUGCGGCGGUGCAGAUGUUUGCGAGGCAUUUGAAGCACAUGAACUACACGGAAUCGACCCUGAUGGAUGCAGAUACGAUGCUGGAGGACAAGGACAGGCCCAUCCUUGAGGAAGUUCUUCAGGGCUUCCGCUUUGAGAUGGAUGUCGCCUUAACGAAGGCUCUCGAGGAGGUCAUCGCGGCGAGACUCACCGAGUACACGCACAGGUACGACUCCUCCCCCUCAGGACCCUCGGUUGACAGGGGCACCUGCGGUGUCGGGGAGAGCCCAUGCAGGUACCAAUCGUGGGAGGGCCCGUGCUGCAGCACUCGCAGCUGCCUCGAGCCGACGUCGCCUGAGUCGAACUACCCGCGCUACCAGGAAGAUCAGUGCCUCUUCAACGGUACCGAGUGUUGGGAGUAUUGCAAGGAAAGAUUCCAGAUGAAACAGCAGGCGACCAAGGAGAUGGUCCAGAGUGUCGUGUCCAUGUUCAAGGGAGCCUCCUCAGACCUUCGUUUGUCAUACGACGACAGUAAGCGGCGCGAGCUGCUCCGAACCGUUCCAUUCCUGAACAUGAGCUUCAACGAUGUCGUCGCCAAGCUGUCCGUUCCGCUGGAGCAUGUGAAGAUGUCGAUGAAUGCAGCCCAACAGCCUUGGUUGGGCCCGCUCGCGGAUGUUUUGGAGGGGGCUACCAUUGACUUGGACACGCUGGAUUCUGUGUCGAUCAAGAACCUGCCCGGCGUGAAGGUGCAGAUGACGUUUGCAGACGUUCAUCCAUUCAAAGUGCUGGGAAGCUUGCUUCAGGAUCUCGGCGUGCUGAAACUCAUGCACAAGGCAGCAGAGGCAGAAGAGACACUGCAAAAAGCGGAAGAAGCGGUGGAGGAGGCCGUCCUCAAGGCUGAAGCACCGAUCGAGCAUGUGGUGGAGUCCAUCGAGAGGGAGCUCCCUGAGGUAAUGCCCAGUGAGCAGCAGAAGUUGAUUCCGAUGAAGGCUACGAUUUCGAUGGGCCCUAGUUUGGGCCACUUCGACACUAAUGAAAACGUCUCCUACAUGUUCUUCCAUGGAGACAAGGGGUCCUCCGACCCCUCAGCCGGCUACCGAAUCGAAUUGAACGUCACAGCCACCGACGCAGAGGCCGCCGCUAGCUUCGUGGAGUUGUGCAACGGCCUGCUCGCACGCGCACCCUUGGGCCCCGUCGUUGAGGUCAGGAACGAUGGCAGCCAGGUCAGCAUCUUGAGCCAGCCUUUGCUUCCCCCCAACAAAGCUGCCAUAGAUGCGCAGAUCAAGAUGAUCAUGAGCCACGUCGGUCACUUGACCUUCAACAUGUCGGCGAACAACAACAUCGAGCAGAUGAUGGCGCACCCGGAUGACUCGAUCUGGAAAGAGGCCAAGACCGGAACUCGAAUGAUGUUGGAUGCAACGCUGACGGAAGCCGUCGAGAAGGCCAUCCUCGAUCGCAUCAAGAAGAGGCCCUCAGCACCUUCAAGCUCUUGCGGAAGCAUGGAGGCCCCAUGCUUGGACAAAGAUGAAGGCAUGUGCUGCUCUUUGGCCACUUGCCUUCAUGACGAUGGCUCCUCUGAAGACUCAGAAGGCACUUGGAAAGAUACCCAGUGCCGUUACAAUUUCACCUGUGCGCCCUUGUGCCCAGAGCACCAGGUGGGCCACGACUAUUCCCAGGCACUGGCCGAGAAGCUGGUGCAGCUCUUUGCAGGUGGCUCUAUGGAUGUGCGCGUGGCCUAUGACGAGGAGAUGGUCCAGGGUCUCAUGGCCUCUGUUCCCUUUCUCAACAUGACCUUCCGGAGUUUGCAAGACAUGUACAGGCUCAAUGCGCAGCAGUAUCACCUCGAGAACUUUGCGGGGCACCCGCUGGCUGCACUGGGCGUGGAGCUUCUCAACGCCACGAACAAGUACCUGGUGAGCGUCGAGUCCGUGGAGGUCAAGAACCUCCCGGACGAUAUCAAGAUCAUGAUCAAGUUGGACAACGCAAAGCCCUUUCAGUUCAUGUUCGCCCUCGCCGAGGGCAGCGGCAUCCUUGGGAUGCUGUCAGGCUCCGGCUCAGAAGGCCACGCGACGCCCUGA